AAGCAUUUAAUUUGAUUUCAAAUUAGGGUUUUGACAACUUCCUUAACUACUUGGCAACGUGGACCACCUACAAAAAAUUGUAAACAAGCAGUACCUAACCUAAACCUUUACGUCAUCUUCCAAAAUAGAGAAAACUUGCUGCCUGAAUAUCAAAUACAUAAUUUUAACUGUUUUCGUAUGUGGUAAUCGACGAAGAAUGUCGUAAUACACGCCUGGAUCGACUCCUGUGUUUACCAAGAUGCUUAAAAUAUACCGAUCGAGCCUUUCUACAAAAUUGCAACAUCCAUUCAUAGCAAAUAUUCCUUUGAAGAUCAAUCUUGAGAGUUUUAUAGAUGAAAAUAGGAAUUUAGGACGUGAAGAGCACUGUUUACCAACUAAAAAUGAGAAAACGUUACAAGCAACUAAAUUUUCUUCAUUAAAUAAUGUACAGAAUAACCGAAAAUGUAAUUUUUCUCCGAAUUUGUUAGGGCAGCAAGUAUUAACCUUUCAUGGACUGAAUUUAUCACAAAAACGAAGCUACUCAGUUCAAUCCUCAAUUGAAUCAUUUGCUCAAACCCAAUCUGGAAUUUUUAAGUUGCUUUCGGAAAGUCCCCCGGUUGAAUAUUGCCAGAAGUUUUUACUGUCCAUUCAUGAUAUCACAGGAUUACCAUGGUGGGCUAGUAUAAUUUGUUCUACAGUGCUUGUUAGAACAACUAUAACUUUACCUUUAGCAGUAUAUCAACAAUAUAUUUUAGCAAAAUUAGAAAAUCUAAAACUUGAACUACCUGAUUUGGUGAAGGAACUUAAAAAAGAGACUGCUAUAGCAGUUAGAUUAUAUGGAUGGGACGAACCGACAGCUAGAAGGGCAUAUUAUAAAUCACUGAGGAAGUUGUGGAAUAAUCUGAUCAUUAGGGAUAACUGUCAUCCACUUAAAACAACAAUAUUGUUGUGGUUUCAAAUACCGAUAUGGAUAUCCUUAUCUGUGAGUUUGAGGAAUAUGGUUUAUAUGUUACCAGUGCCAGAUUAUCAUGCUCAAUUGAUAUUUACUGAGUUUCAAGUGGGUGGUUUUGGAUUUAUACCAAACCUGACCAUUCCAGAUCAAUCAUGGAUAUUUCCUGUAGCCCUAGGGCUUAUAAAUUUACUGAUUAUUGAGAUCCAGCAAUUGUCUAGACCUCCGAAUUUACCAGUGAGUGGUUUCCAGAAGUUUGUCACAAAUGCUUUCAGGGUUUUCUCUGUGAUUUUAGUUCCUAUAUCUGCCAGUGUCCCAUCGUGUUUGGUUCUCUAUUGGACAACGUCUAGUACAUAUGGAUUGUUACAAAAUUUGCUGUUAAUGUCUCCAAAAGUGAAAGGAUUUUUGAGAAUACCGAAAACCACAGCGGUAGAUCCUUACAAGACUCUACUGUCUAACGUUAAAACCAGAUUUAAAAUAAGUUGACAAGAUUCAAUAGCAUAUUUAGGCAUUAUCUUAAUUUAAUGAAAUAUAU